AGGGCCCCCUCUGAUCCCCUCGUUCUGGCUCUGGAAAGAGAAAACAGAGGCAAAAUGGGGAAACUUAAACGGUGCUGCUCAGCCUGUAGUAUAGGACAGAGGUGCACCAGGACAGAUAAAGUUUAUCGCACAGCACUAGAAGAGCAAGAACAAGAUCUAAGUAAUCUAUUUAGUCCUCACCUAAGAAGGCAAGAAGGAAGAGAAAGAACACACGCUCUAACCCCUACAGAUAGCCCAAUUGCAUCCCGAACCAGAGGACAGAUACUGCAAGCCCCUUUAAGAGAGACAGUGACAUUAGAGGGAGAAAAGGUACUAGUCAAGGUACCAUUCUCCACCCUUGAUUUGGAAGCAUGGGAAAGGGUUGCAGGAGAUUACCGAAAUGACCCAGUCAACACUGCUAAACGUUUACGAUACAUUAUGAAGCAACACAACCCAGACUGGGGUGACAUUCAAUUGUUAUUAGAUGCGUUCACUGAAACAGAAAAGCAGUUGGUUCUAAAAACAGCAGGAGAUCUGGUAGCAGACCAUUUUAGAGAACAAGAAGUAGAUCUAAGGGAACAUUUUCCACUUCAAGACCCAGGCUGGAACCCAAAUCAGCUAGAAGAGAGACAAAAGCUAAAAAAGUACCAAGACUGGGUAAUAUUGGGAGUGGAAAGAGCAAUUCCUAAGACCAUAAAUUGGUCAGCUCUAUAUGCUAUCAAACAGGGACCCUCGGAAUCCCCCACAGAGUUCCUAGACCGUUUGAGAAAUGCAAUGCGGCGCUAUACACCACUAGACCCUGCAUCUGAGGUGGGAAUACAGCAACUAGUUAAUCUAUUUUUGGGACAGUCCACAGGGGAUAUCAGGCGCAAGCUCCAGAAGAUUCGAGGAGAAAACGCCCGGAAUCUAGAAAAUCUACUGGGAGAAGCCUGGGGGGUCUUUAGCAACAGGGAGGAAGGAUAUAAGCGAGGGAUGAAAAAUUUAGUAGCAAUAGUACAGGAGGAGCGGAGAGGAAAACAUGGAAACAGGCAGGAGCCAUCCAGGCAAGGCCCCCCCCGAUUGGGCAGAAAUUAA